AUGGAUUUGCCCUAUAUACACAAGAUGUCUAAAUUACCUGAAAAGCGUAAGCGAGUCGACAUCACCGUUGCACCAAAAAAAGUUGCUGAAUUUCGUGCAUCGUUACAAGACGCUUAUGAUAGCUGUGACGCCAAAUUUUACGUUGAUCAAAAUGCUAAUACCACUACUCAAAGCUCCGAUUACCAAACAGUCACAUCCAAGCAUUUAGCAUUACUUGAUUCAGAAGCCAAUAAAGGCAAGACCAAUUUACCGGUUUAUCUUCAUUCGUUGGAUCGAUGGCAGAAAAAUCGUCAGGGAGAUAUGUCAAAAUCACUUUUGUUGUCUCAUGCACAAAGUACCAAUAAUUUAACAACAAGAAGUAAUAUUUCACAGGCAGUGUGGCUCAAUUUUGAAGCUGAAGAAAAUGAACAAGACGCAGCAUUUCAAUUGAUACGUCUACGCAAACGAUUAGGACUCAGUACCUCUUUACCAAUUCAUGGACCUGGUGGUCAGAAAGCUCUACAAGAGUACUUAAAAAACGCUGAAAAUGAAAAGUCAAAAAUAGAAAACGAUGAUGCCAAUGGAAUAUUCUAUUACUGUUUAUUAGCAGGACGCCACCAGUAUUAUGCUCCAUAUAACCCAUAUGAUCUUGAAGUGUUACCUGAUGGUGAAGAAGCUUUAAACUCUGCUUGUUAUUGGACAAUAUCACCAUACAAUGUAACUUAUAUACAUAAACAUGAUCCAUCCUUAUCUGAAAUGACACCUGCUGGUAUUUUAUAUCGAAAAUUAUUUUUGGCUAAUGAAAUAUUUCAGGGUGUUUUAAUUCAUGUGAAAGCGAUGUGUGAAACUCAUUAUUAUGGUCAACCAAAUCAAACGGAACCACUCUGUCUACUCGAUAGAUACGCCUAUCAAGAAACAUUGACAUUAGAAAAGUUUUCUGAAAGACAAUUUGCAAUGAUGGAAAUAACAGUUGCAAAGUUAAAAACUUUCAUCGAAUAUGUGGCAGGACUGGCUUAUACAGCUUGUGAACGUGCUGCAAAUUUUGAAAAUAUCACGUUAGAAGCACUAGAAAAUCCGUCAAAAUAUUUUGAAGAAGAAGAAGAAAUUACAAGUUUUCUAGAUUCUAAACAAAAUCGAGCAUCAACAUUACGUGAUUUAAAUUUGAAAGCAAAGUCUAAACAAAAAAUUGGUCCAAGUUUUACGUCUCGAAAACAGUGGAGCAACACGUUAUAUAGACUAUGUCAGUUUUUACGUUCACUAGAUUAUCUCAUACUUGAACUUCUUAGACGACUUGUCAAGAGUGCUGCGAAAGAUUUACUUAUACAUUUACGUGAAUCAUAUUCUGUACAACUUGAUGGAGCACAAACAAAUGAAAAUAUUGUAGUUAAAUCAGCCUCGACUAUUUCAACUAUUGCUAAACGAACCGAAUCACGUCUUAGUAAUGUAACAAGUAAAACGUACAAUUCCGAAAAUUUGAGUGUAAAAGAAGCAAGUUUAUAUGAACCCAUUUCAUCGGAACCAAUUGAUAUUCGAUCAUUAAGUGAUACGCAUGGUAGAAUUGGAACAGAUCGAAAUCUCAAUGAUUUAUAUCCAGCCAUUGAACCAAAUGAUGUUAUGGAAGCGUCUACAAUACCCCCACCAAUGUUUCUCAUUAAUCUCCUGUUGCGCAUAACAAAAGUAGAAAAAAAAGCUGAUGAUGAUUUAAUAAAAUCACAACAUUUCUCUGAAAAUGAAUACAAAGUUACUUAUGAUCUUAGUCCAAGUGAAUAUGAAUUCAAAAAUGCGAUUCGCGAUAUUCUUGAUGGCAUGGUAUUAGCUGUGGGUCGAAUUCCGAGUCUUUUGGAUCAUCCAAAUUUAAAAAUAUUUUAUACCUAUCCAAACUAUGACAAAAAUAAUGAAGAAAUUGAACGAACACGUAUAUAUGUAACACAAAUACAAUGGCCAGAUGUUGAAUAUUUAUUUGGAGAAGAUGAAGAUCAUCAGGAUGUUAUACUUGAUAUUUUGAAUACUGUCAAUCGUGCAUUAACAAAUAUUCAUAACUAUGUUAAAGUAGGCGAUGACUUUUUUUUAAAUUUCUUUCUAUCAAAUAUGUUGCAUACAUUUUUCAAUUGUUGUUGCUUUUUCAAUCCAAUAUAUACAUUUUAUGCUGUAUAUAUUGAAGAAAGUUUAAAAACAAAAGAAUUUACUACUGAUGAUUAUUUAUUUUUGAUGACAAAACAUACCCAACAACUAUCAAAAAUGGAAGAAAUGGUAACUGAACAACGUAUUUGUUUAAUUGAAUUACAUGCUGAAAAAUUUUAUAAUGAUGUCAUACCUUAUCCAAAACAUAUUAUCGAAUGUAUUGGACAACAUCUUCCACCAAUGGCAAUUGAAAAAAAUGAAAAAAUGCAGAAAACUAUUCGCGAAGCACUCAAGUUAUUAGAUCGAGAUCCAAAAUCUGUUGAAGAAUUUGUUCAACAUUUGGCAUUAUUAAAUAAAUUUAAUAAUGAUUUAACUAAUUUAGAAAAUGAAUUUCAAAUUAUAACAAAAUUAUUUCAUAUUAUUAAAGAUUUUAAUAUGAAUAUAAAAGCUGAAUCCUAUGCAUUUUAUCGAUCAUUAGCAUCUAUUUAUCAACAAUUAAAAAGUAGUUUAUUAUAUACUGAAGCACAAUGUGAUGAAAAUGUGCAAAAAUUUACGGUUGAUUUAGAUGAUAUGAUAAAACGUUUACAUGAUCAAACCGUUGAUCUUAAAUUAAAAGCAAAAGAUCAAGCAUUAUUAUCGGCAGAAACACGAUCUGAAACAGCACUUGAUAUUAUUUUAAUUUUACAAGAAUCAUUAACAAAAUUAUAUGAAAAAUCAAAAAAUUACAGUGCUUAUCAAGAACGUUUCAAUCAAAUUAGUAAACAAUCUACAAAACGACGUAUAUUACCAGAUUAUAAAACAUUAAAUAAAUAUCGUCGUGCAGACGUUGUUAUUAGUUUACAAACAGUUCAAAAUGAAUUAUCAGAUAUUGAACAUGAUAUCAAUUUACGAAAAUUAUUGUGGGAAUCACAACAAAAUUGGACAAAAUUGUAUAAAGAAUGGACAAAUACUCCGUUGGAAGCGAUCAAUGUUGAUGUAUUACAAAGAGAAAUGAAUAAAUUUACACAAAAUAUAUAUAUGUUAGAAAAAGGUUUACCACAAAAUGACAUUAUACCAACGUUAAAAUAUUCAAUUAUUGAAUUUAAGAAAAGUUUACCAGUUAUUAUAGCAUUUCGAAAUCCUCAUUUGAAACAACGACAUUUUGAUCAGUUACGCGUAUUAGUUGGCAAAGAUAUUGUCGAUGAUGAAGGUUUAAAAUUGAAAAAAUUAUUAACACCAGAAAUAUUACAACAUACUGAUCCAAUAACAGACAUAUCAUCAUUAGCAUCGAAUGAAGCUGCACUUGAAACAAUGUUAAAUAAAGUAAUUGAACGAUGGCGACAUUUAGAUUUUCGUGUCGUUACUCAUCAUGGAAAAGAAACGUUUAUUAUAACGGGCUUUGAAGAAAUAUUGCAACAUUUAGAAGAAAGUCAAGUAACAAUGACAACAAUAAAAAGUUCACGUUAUAUCAAUCCAAUUAAACAGCAAGUAGAUGAAUGGGACAAACGAUUAACAUUAUUAGCUAAGACAGUCGAUGAAUGGAUUGCAUGCCAAAGACGUUGGUUAUAUUUAGAACAAAUAUUCUCAACUCCUGAUAUUCAGCUUGUACAAGAAACAAAGAUUUUCAGUCAAAUAGAAAAAUCAUGGAAAGAACUAAUGAGAAAAACGGAACAGCAACCAAAUGCCUUAAAAGCAGGUACAACACCUGGUACAUUGGAAUUAUUACAAACAAAUAAUAUUCAAAUGGAAAAGAUUCAACGAGCUCUCGAAGAUUAUUUGGAAACUAAACGACUUGCUUUUCCAAGACUGUAUUUCUUGAGUAAUGAAGAUUUACUUGAUAUUUUAUCCCAUUCAAAAGAUGCCAGUUGUGUACAGCCACAUUUACGAAAAUGUUUUGCCAACAUAUAUUAUCUGGAAAUUGUCAAACAACCAAUGGAAAUUGUUACUUAUAUGCAAUCGGUUGAAGGAGAAAUAGUCAAUUUUCCAAAAACAGUUCGUCCUCGAGGAGUUGUUGAACAGUGGUUGAAUUCUGUUGAAACGGCAAUGUACGAUGCCGUAAAACAUCAUAUGAAGUUAGGACUUGCCGAUAUAAAACAAUCAGAUUAUAUAGAAUGGAUUCAAAAACAUCCAGGACAAGUCGUAUUGACAAUAUCCCAAGUAUUAUACAGUAGAGAAGUGAAUAGUACAUUCAAUGCAACCAAUUCCUCCCCGCAUAGUUCACUCUUGGAUGCACUUAAUAAAAUGAUUACGACAAUAAAUAACGUUUGUUUAUUAGUAUUUAUGCAUUUAGAACAAACAAAAUUGUUAACUGUUGAAGCCUUGUUAACAUUACAAGUUCAUUGGAGAGAUAUAUUUGAAUCACUAAUUAAACAUAACGUUAAAAACAAACAUGAUUUUGAAUGGCAACGACAGUUAAGAUAUGAUUGGAGUGAUAAAGAUACUAAUUUUCAAAUAUUACAAUCAAAUGGUGUUUUUCAAUAUGGCUAUGAGUAUUUGGGUUGUUCUUCUCGAUUAGUCGUAACUCCUCUAACGGACAGAUGUUAUUUAACAUUAACGGGUGCAUUAAAAUUAAACGUAGGUGGAGCUCCCGCAGGACCAGCAGGAACUGGUAAAACAGAAACUGUUAAAGAUUUAUCAAAGUCAUUUGGAAAGUUAUGUUUGGUAUUUAAUUGUUCCGAUGUAUUAGAUCAUAAGACAUUAGGAAAGUUUUUCAGUGGUUUGGCACAGUCUGGAUCGUGGUGUUGUUUCGAUGAAUUUAAUCGUAUUGAUGUUGAAGUAUUAUCGGUUGUAGCUCAACAAUUGUUAACUAUCAAAACUGCCAAAGAUAUGCAAGCGACACGAUUUUCUUUUGAUGGACGCGAAAUUAAAAUGAAUUCAUCGUGUGGUUUUUUUGUUACAAUGAAUCCUACUUAUACAGGACGUGUCGAAUUACCAGAUAAUUUAAAACCAUUAUUUCGUCCAAUAGCAAUGAUGGUACCACAUUUUGCUUUAAUUGGUGAAGUGAUACUAUUUUCUGUUGGUUUUACAACAGCAAAAAUACUUGCAUCAAAAAUUGUUUAUCUCUAUAAUUUAUCCAGUAGUCAAUUAUCUCAACAAGAUCAUUAUGAUUUUGGAAUGAGAGCCAUUAAAUCUGUUUUACUGAUGGCAGGUCAAAUAAAACGUUUGUAUGUAAACGAAGGUAAAAUGAGUGAUGAAUACGAGGAAGCCAUUAUGCUUGAAGCAUUACUUGAUUCAAAUUUGCCAAAAUUAUUGAAAGAUGAUGCUAUUUUGUUUCGUGGAAUAUUGAAAGACUUAUUUCCAAAUGCCGAUAGAAUUUUAAGUAAACAUGAAAAUAUUGAAAAUGCAAUACGAAAAGCAAUUAGUGAAUUAAACUAUGAAUAUUGGCCAUCACAAGCUGAAAAAGCAUACCAAUUGUAUAAUCAAAUUGUUCUUCGUCAUGGAACAAUGUUGGUUGGUAGCAGUGGUGGUGGUAAAACAGCUGUCAGAAAUAUUUUACAAAAAGCGUUAACAUUGUUAAUACCAACAGAAAAAGUGGGUGACAAUGCCAAAUUGCAGAGUCGAGUAACUCGUCCUCCACAAGUAAUUGCAACUGUACUUAAUCCAAAAAGUAUGGAUCUAAAUGAACUAUAUGGUAAAAUAAAUACAGAUACAUUCGAAUUUACUGACGGUAUGUUAUCAAAUGUAAUGCGAAUGUAUGCAAAAAAUAAUGAAACUCAAAUGAACACUGAUAAGCAUGAACAUCGUGAUGUGUGGCAAUGGCUCAUACUUGACGGUCCAAUUGAUACACUAUGGGUUGAAAAUUUAAAUACCGUAUUGGAUGAUAGCAAAAUAUUGUGUCUCUCAAACGGUGAACGUAUUGGUUUAACCGGUCAAACUCGAAUAUUAUUUGAAGUGGCAUCACUUGAAAAUGCGUCACCAGCAACUGUUAGUCGAUGUGCUAUGGUGUACUUGGAUCCAUCAGAUCUCGGUCAUCUACCUUUUCUUCAUUCAUGGUAUCGCAAUAAAAUAUCUCCAACUCUUCCAGAAGCCGGUGUUAAAUAUCUUCAUGAACUAAUGGAUUUUUCGCUUGAAAAAGGCUUUUCUUUUAUUGAUCAAAUGAACAAUCCAUGGCAUUUACCAGUGUCUCGAUUAAAUAUUUUACAAACAUUAUGUUAUUUAUUAUCAACAUUUCUAAAUUUUAUUGAAAAAUAUGGAGGUUUUGGUGAAGAAGAUAGUUCGUCUACCAUUGAAUCAAGAAACAAAUCCCUCGUGGAUGAUCUAUUCGUUUAUACACCAAACGAUAAAAAACAAUCAUAUUUACAGAAAAAUCCUAAAAAUUUAAAACAAAUGUUAAUACGAAUCUAUGUAUUUUGUUUUACAUGGAGUUUUGGUGGUGGUUUAAAGCGUGAAGAUAAUUUUGAAGAUGAUAAUCUUAUCAAUCAAAAAGAUCAGGUGAAAACAAGUCGUGAUCCAAUAACACAAGAUUUUGACAUGUUUAUUCGUGAUUUAUUUAAUUCUAAUGUAAAUUAUGGUGUGUAUUUACCACCGGAAACACGUACCGUAUUCGACUAUAUGAUUGAUUUGGAUACUUGUGUAUAUCGUGAAUGGGAAUCAUUGGUUCCCAAAACCGAUCUACUCAUUAAACAAGAUCAAACAGACGCUGUUAUUCCAACUAUCGAUAUUGUUCGAUAUUCAUUUUUAAUAACAGCAUUAUUAUUAAAUAAAAAACCUGUUCUUCUAACAGGAAACAGUGGUGUUGGAAAAACGAUUUUAAUGGAAUGUUUAAUUAAAUCAAUUACGUCACAAGAUGGAAAUUUAAUUAAACCAGGAACCAUUCUUGGUGAUGUACUCCAAUAUCAUAAUAGAAAUCAAACAACAAAAAUUAGCGGUAUGAGAGCAAUGGAGUACAAUCAAAAUCAAACAUCUGAUACAACAUCUGAAUCAGGUGAGUGA